AUGUUCGACACCAUUUGCACAUUUCCCCUCUCCGCCGAGCUCUUCGCCCAGGCUGUGCAUCCCAGCGAACCGUUGGUGGCGGUGGGCUUGAGCAGCGGACAUGUUGCGACGCUAAAAUUGCCCGCUGUGGAUGAGGAGCUGGGUGGAGAGUCGUUUGGCAAACGUAGGGGCAGCAAUGGCACAGAUUUUGUCGAUACGACUUGGAAGACGAAGCGGCAUAAGGCGAGUUGCAGGUGCCUGGCGUAUAGCGUGGAUGGGAGGCAACUGUAUUCGGCAGGCACGGAUGGGGUGGUGAAAGCGGCAGACAGCGAGACGGGCAAGGUGACGGGUAAGGUCUCCAUACCGUCGGACUCAUCUUCCGCGAGUGCGAACGUAGAUGGACCGACAGUCAUCCAUGCAUUGAGCCCGCAGACGCUGCUCCUUGCAACAGAUUCCGGCGCCCUGCACCUGUAUGAUCUCCGAGAUCCAACUCCCACCUUGCCGCUUGACGAGGCCAAGACAGCAUUCAUAAACCCCACCCCGGCACAAACGCAUCACCCACACACUGAUUAUGUCUCGUCGCUCUCCCCCAUCCCGGCUUCAUCCACCAGUACGUCGGGUUACAGCAAGCAAUGGCUUACUACGGGCGGCACUACAUUGGCGCUUACCGAUUUACGCCGUGGAGUCCUUGUCAAGAGCGAAGACCAGGAGGAGAUCUUGCUCUCCUCCCUCUACGUCACAGGUCUGCCAGUCAAGAAGAGUAGCGGCAGCACCGGCGAGAAAGCGCUUGUAGGUGGCGGUGACGGCGUGAUCACACUGUGGGAGAAGGGCCAGUGGGAUGACCAGGAUGAGCGAAUCACCGUCAGCGCCGAAGGGGAGACGCUAGAUGUCAUGGCUGCCGUGCCGGCCGCUGUUGGUGGUAUGGGCAGGAAAAUUGCAGUAGGGCUGGGAGAUGGGAAGGUGCGAAUCGUGCAGCUUGGCAUCAACAAGGUCGUCGCAGGGGUGCAGCAUGAUGAUGUGGAAGGCGUGACCGGGCUGAGCUUCGAUGUGGGCGGGAGGAUGAUCAGUGGGGGUGGACAGGUGGUUAAGGUGUGGCAGGAGCAUAUGGCGGCUGAGGAUGGAGAGGAAGAAGAAAGCGCGGUGGCUGCUAGGCGUAGUGCAGAUGCCGACGGUGAUGAAGAGGAUGCGGAUGAUGCGGAUGACGAUGAGGAGGAAAGUGGCGAAGACGGAGAGGAGAAGCCGCGAAAGCGACGCAAGAAGAGAAAGCGCGGCAAAGGGCCUGCGGCUGCGAGUAGUUUCAGUUUUGCGGGACUGGACUGA